AUUUUAGCAAUUACAACCAACAAUGCCUCUAAUAAUAGCACAAUGUUUGAAUAUUUUACUAAAUUAUGUUUAGAAAAACAAAUAAUAUUUGAUGAAGAAAAUUAUAGAGUUAAAUAUCUUGGGCAUGUUAUUAAUCUUGCUGUUCAGAAUAUUUUAAAAAAACUUAAAGCUGAAAGUCCAAACCAAGAUAAAGAUAUAUUAGAAAAAAAAAAUAAUAUUAAUUCAAUGACUACAAUAGAAAAACUUUGCAAAAUAAUUACUUAUGCUCAAUCAAUACCACAAAGAAAAAAAAAGUUUAUGAACUAUAAUUCAAGUAAACUUGAAUUAAUUGUAGAUAUUAAAACUAGAUGGAACUCUACUUAUUAUAUGCCAAUUAAUAUUAUAACAACUAUCGAAAAAGAAAUAAAAAAAUAUGAAUUAAAUAAAGAUGAUUGGAAUUUAAUUGAAGAAUUUAAUAGAGAUGCAACUACUUAUAUUAGUGGAAGUACUUAUUCAACAAUUGGCUUAAUAGUUCCAGCUUAUAAUGCUUUACUUGAUAUAUUAGAAAAAUUUGUUAAAGAAAAAAGUACAGUUUCAAUUAUUAAAAAUACAGCUCAAUUUGGUAUAAAUAAGCUUGAAAAAUAUUAUUCAUCGACAGAAGGAUUGGCUUAUAUU